CAGGUGGGCUGUGGCAACACUCUGGAAGCAAAACAAUGGGCACAUUUUGGAAGAGGCAGUGGAUCAAUUUGGUUAGAUGAUCUUCAGUGUACAGCAAUGGAGUCUUUAAUAACAGACUGUCCACAUUGGGAAAUAGGAUCCCACAACUGUGGUCAUCAUGAAGAUGCUGGUGUCAUUUGUGAAGCAAUCGGGGUGGCCUCUUGGGAUCAGGUACCAAACCCAUAGCCUCCAUGACUCUUUUCCACGGCGCCAACUAUUUACACAGCUACCCAGCAGGCCAGGUCACUCUGCCGCUGGGCUCUGCCUUACAUGUAGAAGUGUUGGUGGAUGAGUGAUCCAAGUUCUGCAGUUGUUCUGGAGGAUUGCUAUACCACUCACUCCUCAAACCCCGAUGACCCCAUCCGAGACUAUCUCAUUCGUUCCAGGUGUCCUUCUGCCUCUCGUCAUGUCCCGCCGUGCUCGUUUCUCUGCCCUGCUCUUUAAUCUCCAGAAUGAUCAGCCAAACCUCUUCCAUCACUGCACACUAUGCAUGUGUGACAAGAGGAUCCACAACUGUGUUCCACGCUGCAGACGAAGGACAUAUCGCUCUCCUGUCUACCAAGAUCCGAUCCAUUCCAUCACCAUUGGACCAAUCACGUUCAAGUGAAAAAUACAAUCCGGUAUCAGAGCAGAUGUCUCAGCACUGUGAUUUGUUUGGAAGUUAUGUUUCCUUUUUC